AUGGUUGUCUUCAGCAAGGUCACCGCCAUUCUCGCGGGUCUUACGGCCGUCACAUCGGCUGUGCCUGUCGAGAACACCCGCAAGGGCUUUACUAUCAACCAGGUCGCCAAUCCGGCCACCAAGACCAAGCCCAUCAAUUUGCCUGCUAUGUACGCUCGCGCGCUGGCCAAGUUCGGUGGCACUGUUCCUGCCAGCGUCAAGGCUGCCGCCGAGAGGGGCUCCGCUACGACCUACCCCCAGGCCAACGACGAGGAUUAUCUCACUCCCGUCACCGUUGGUGCCGGCACCUUGAACUUAAACUUUGAUACCGGUUCCGCUGAUCUUUGGGUGUUUUCUUCCGAGCUUCCGGCCUCGGAGCAGGCUGGCCACACUCUCUAUACUCCCAGCAGCAGCGCCAGCCAGAUACCCGGUGCUACCUGGUCGAUCUCUUACGACGACGGAAGCUCGGCCAGCGGUAAUGUGUUUGACGAUGUUGUCGACGUUGGUGGCGUCACUGCCACGAGCCAGGCCGUCGAGGCCGCCGAGACUGUCAGCCAAGAAUUCCUUCAGAAUACCGCCAGCGACGGUCUGUUGGGUCUGGCAUUCAGCAUCAUCAAUACCGUCCGGCCCACUCAGCAGACCACCUUCUUUGACACCGUCAAGUCGCAGCUGGACUUGCCUCUGUUCGCUGUGACCCUGAAGCACAACGCCCCUGGCACCUUUGACUUCGGCUACCUCGACAGCUCCAAGUACACAGGCUCUAUUGCCUACACCCCUGUCGACAGCUCCCAGGGCUUCUGGACCUUCACUGCCGAUAGCUACACCAUUGCCGGCAGCACGGGCUCCUCGAUCACUGGCUUUGCUGACACUGGCACCACCCUUCUCCUCCUCGAUUCAGACAUUGUUGCCGAAUACUACAGCCAAGUCCCCGGCGCCCAAAUGGAUAGCUCCGCUGGUGGAUACGUCUUUGAUUGCUCCUCCACGCUACCCGACUUCAUCGUGACCAUCUCUGGCUACAACGCCGUUGUUCCCGGCGCCUUCAUCAACUAUGCUCCUAUCUCUCAAGGCGGCUCCACCUGCUUCGGUGGCAUCCAGGCCAACUCUGGUCCGGGCAUGUCUAUCUUUGGUGAUAUCUUCCUCAAGAGCCAGUAUGUCGUUUUCGACAGCAGCGGACCCCAGCUUGGCUUCGCCGCCCAGGCAUAA